AUGUGCCACUUUCAGGUCUCCUCACACUGCUGGUGUGUUGAAUUUUUUGACAUAGGGUGCUGGCAGAUUACGGGCCUCCUAUAGCUGCUGCCAGGCCCCUAAUCUGCCAUGGGCCCCUAUACCGCCUCCUCAUGCUGCUGCCAGGUCCAGAGUCUCUCAUGGGUCCCUGUACGGCCUCCCAUUGCUGCUGUCUCCAUCGCCACACUCUGCCAUGUGCCACUUUCAGGUCUCCUCACACUCCUGCUGGUUUCCAUUUUGUCAUAGGUUGCUGUAUGGCCUCCCAUUGCUGCUGCCUCCACCGCCACACUGUGGCUCCAAACACUGGUUUUGGCCCCGUGACUGGCCAAAUGAGUGAAGUGUGCGGUGAUUCUAAGAUCGACGGCACUCAUCUGCAUGUCAUACUGACUGACAGUAUUAUUUCUCUUCCCCAGCAGACUCCAAGGGCAUUUAAAUUAAAGGUACAGUGUUCUGCACUAAUAUUA